UCAUGAAAUUCAUGUGCUUCUUGUUAUUUGUUUUUAUUCAUAGGUUAUUUGUUUGGUAUUGGGGGUGUUUAUUGAAUGAACAACACUUAGUUUUAUGCCAAUGAUAUUAGGAUGUUAGACCCUUUUGUUUUGUAAUGAUUCAAAAGUUUAAAAAAUCCAUACAGCCAGAAACAAAGCAAAUACGUGCAUCAUAAUCUUUAAAUACUACUUUUCUGCUCUAAAGUCAUACAAGAUGGAAUCAGUAUUUAAAGCAAUGGAAACGACAGAACCCAGUCGACACUCCUUACAACUUAUGCAGCCAAACAGUGCAGCGAUUACAAGUCCCUCUGCUCGAUUACUUUUUUCUACUAUGGCACCAUAUGAGCUCCACAAACGUUUAAUAAACGAUUAUUAUCUAUGUCGGAAAGGUGCUACCUCUCUUUUACAAAGGGAUACUUCCAGAGAUAAAACUGAUUAUGAUGUUUUACGUGACAACCAUCGUUUUCUGUGGGAUGAAGCUGAUCAUCCAGACACUUGGGAAGCACAGCUUGCUAAAAAAUAUCAUGACAAGUUAUUUAAAGAAUAUUGCAUCUGUGAUUUAACAAUGUUCAAAUCCAACAAGGUUGCUAUGAGAUGGCGGACAGAACCUGAACUUAUUUCUGGUAGAGGACAAUUCACAUGUGGCGAAAAGCAUUGCUCUAAUCGUGAUGGUUUAAAAACAUGGGAGAUCAAUUUUGCUUAUCAAGAACAAGGAGAGAAAAAGAAUGCACUGGUCAAGCUUCGACUCUGCCCUGAAUGCUCAUCAAAACUGAAUCAUGGCUCAAAGAAACGAGAAGUUAAACGCAUCCAGAAAAAGAAGACAGGAAAAAGGAAACAGCAGACGGAGAAAAGGAAAGGGAAAGAUGAAAGACAGCAGCCCACCAGCUCAACAAAGACCUCUGAUGACAGUGAGAGUACAGAAGAAAAGACUGAAAGUGAAAUGUCAAGAAUUUGGAAGGAAACAGGGAGACCCGAUGAAGAGAAAGCACGUGAAGAAGAAUUUGAGGAAUAUCUCGAAGAUCUGUUUUUGUAGUGUGAGGGGAGACUUGGGCAUGUUUGAGAGAAGGUAAUGUUAUAUUAAAUCUAGAUCAUUGCA